AUGCUCAGGCCUGAAGCAAUUGUUCCAUCACCACAUACACUCUCAUCUGAUCUGACAUAUAUCUAUAACUUAGCAAGCAUGCGCAUUCGGGAUACAUUUGGUGAUAUGGAUACUGGUGUUCACCUGGCAAUUGACGGCUGGUCAAGUCCAUUGACAAGUGCUUUCCUUGGUGUGGUUGUAUUUUGGCAAACUGGUUCAACACUCUGGCAGUCUACCCUGGAGUUUAUACAUCUCACAGAGGCCCACCAUGGGUCCUAUCUAGCUGAGAUGGUCCUUGAGUGUCUGGACCGCUUUCAGCUUCAAAAUCAGGUCAUAUCUGUGUGUCUUGACAAUGCAAGUAACAACAAUACAUUAGUACAUCGUUUGGGACACUCUCUCCCAAACUUUCCUGGAAACAAGUUUCGAGGGCGUUGUAUUGCACAUAUAACUAACCUUGCAGCAAAGGCAUUUAUGGCUGUUUUCACUCGUCCACCCCCCAAGAAGCGCAAGAUUGCACAGAACACUCAGGUGCUUGCCAGGCAGUUGGCAACAGGAACUUCUGUUACUUCUAAUAGCAUUAACACGUCAAUUAAUAGUGAACCUGAUGUGCCACUGUUUGACGAACUUGAUGCUGCACUUGAAAUACCUGACGAAGCUGUAGAUGAGGCAAUGGAACACCACAACACAAUUGAAGUACAGAAGGCCGUUGGUACUGCAAUUGAGAAGAUGGCACAGCUGUACAAUCUGCGUCUCACAGAUGCCAAACUUAAAGAGGCUCGAUGUCAUGACCCAACUCUAUACAACUACUAA